AUGUUUGGCGUGUUGCCUCUUUUCAUCAAUGUGACGAUUCUCUUGGCUCAAGUCACGACCACCUGGGCAAAUGGGACGGACGCCUUUGUGAUAAACGCAAACUAUCGCCACAAACUCGCAGUACCGGAGACCUUUGGGACUGCUCUGUGUGCCCACAAGGCCGGAACCGGAAACACGAGGAAUGGACGCGACGGGAAUCCAAAGUUUCUCGGAGUCAAAAAGUCACACAACAGCUUUGUAUACACCGGGAAUAUACUGGUAAGACAACGAGGUGCCAAGUUUAAACCCGGAAUAGUGGUUAUGGCAGAAGAUAAAGGAGUAACCAUUAAGCUCUCAGAAAAACCAGCUAAUCAAGAAACUACUCAGGAAUAUACAGAUUCCGGAAGUGGUAGGACCAUUAAAGUCACAGAAUCUUCCCAUCCUGGUCUUCCUUCUGGAUCUAACUUUACCAGAUAUAUUCAUAAGGUUUCUAAUGGAGAACAGCCAUUCAAACUAAAGGAAAUACUAGAUGAUAAUAAUACCCCUAUAGAUAUAGCUCAGGAAUACAAUAAAGAUGUAACAUCGGUUGAAGCCUAUUAUUGGGGACAUGAGAAUGGUAAGGGCCCACCUAAUAAGGUUCUAUUGAUAGGGGUUACUACCCAAGGGAAUGCUACACCUACCUAUUAUGGCAAUAGAAAGAAGGAUGGUGGUAUUAAUAACUGGAAUUCUGCUGGAGCUCCUCUUCCUCGCCCUGCUAGUCGUUGUUCUGUUACUGAUGAGUUUCUUGAACAAACACUAGAUGACCUUACCUGUGAACAUAACAAUGCAGUUACUAUAGAUCUUACCAAGACUCAUUCUAGGAAUCAUUCUAGAACUGACGGAGAAACCUACUGUUGCGGUUACCAUAAUAGUAAGAAUGAGGCUAAGGUUACCGGGAGAGUCACUGUUAAAGAAACACAAGUUACAGACCCAACCAGUUCAAAUCCUGUUAAAGUAUACAAACAUGAGAUUUAUGAUAGAAGUAGUAGACUUACAAAGAUUAAGUACUACGAUAACGGCGAUCAUAGUAAAAGGAAACGCAUAACUCUAGAUGGACAACCAUUUCCCAUGACUGGCCCAGUUGAGAUCUCUGCAUUAUAUUCCGAUGACAAACAGGAUCCAGUUCUCAUACACGUAAAAUGUGGAGGUAUAUCUACUGGAUGGUACCAUAAGUCUACUGGUAGUGGUGACAAUGAACAGUGGACAAAAGUAGAUCAUGUUGAAAAACUAUUGAAAGUUGGUGUUGCUGCUAGUGGAGCUGCUGUUUCUGUACUGGCUGGAUCAGGUCUACUUGGAUUGACUGCUAUAGAUGCGGUUCUUAAAUGGGCUAAAAAUACUCCUCUACCUCCUGAAACUCCUGCUGAACCUACUUCUACUCAAGGAUCUGCUACUCCUGCUAAAGAAUCUUCUGCUGAUAAACUUGUUGUUGAAACCGGUCUUGCUACUAUAUCUCUCGGGACUAUCUUCGGAUCAUCCUCAGGUGCAAAAAUGGGCCGAGAUCACACUAUAUAUGCGUCUAGAUGUGGGAAAUUGCAAAUUUUGAAGCACAAGGUUUCUGUUUUGGAUUUGGUGGCUGAAGAAAAUCUUCUCAAUAAAGAUAACGACUAUUAUGAACAUCCCACAAUUGUUACACUCUCAAGGUUGUGGACAGAAAAGGUUUAA